UUCAAUACCAGAUGCGGAGCGGGUGGGUGUGUGUCCGGGCAGAGGUGGAUGUGAGUGGGCUGCCUGUGCAGUUGCUCAUUCCCAUCUGGAGCUGGGUACGGGCUGUGUGUGUGACGGAGAGAGAGCGCGCUGAUGGUGUUAUCCGCUGGAAGGGAAAGUCCUCUUUGGAAAGAAGUGAACAAGGCGUCGCCAUGAGGGAGAUUCUGUUCAAAAUCUCCUUCACCUUCUGCUCCUUGUUUUCGGUAAAUGGCAUCCACUCCGACUGCCGACUGUAUCUGGAGAUGCAGCGGGAGGAACGUCGAUGCUUGACUCAGUUGAACAAACCCAGCAACACAGGAUUCUCAAAAGGAUGUCCUGGAAUUUGGGAUAACAUCACCUGCUGGAUGCCAGCCAAGGUUGGAGAAACAGUCAGCGUGCCCUGUCCGAGAACAUUCGGUCUCACCAAUAAACCAGCAAAUGUCAGCAAGAACUGCACAGCUGAAGGCUGGACAGAUACUUUUCCAGCAUAUGCUAAUGCCUGUCUGUAUUCCAACAAUGGAGAUGCUGAAAAUGCUGCCUUUUUCGAGCUGGUGAAAGCUAUUUAUACGCUCGGACACAGUGCCUCCUUAGUAGCUCUCAUGACUGGAUCAGCAAUGCUUUGUUUCUUUAGAAAACUUCAUUGCACACGUAACUACAUCCACCUGAACCUGUUUUUCUCUUUCAUUUUGCGUGCAAUAUCUGUUUUACUGAAGGAUGACAUUCUGUAUUCAGAACAUCAAAGUUCUGGUCAGUGUAAUGAAGCAGCACUGAUUGCCUGUAAAACGAUUUUGGUCUUCUUCCAGUAUUUUAUCACUGCAAACUUCUAUUGGCUGUUGGUGGAAGGUUUGUACCUGCACACCCUCCUUGUGGUCUUUUUCUCUGAAAAUAAAUACUUUGCCCUCUACAUGCUGAUUGGCUGGGGAAUCCCAACAAUCGUUGCAAUUGUCUGGACUAUUACGAGAAUUUAUUUAGAAGAUACCGGGUGCUGGGACACUAAUACCUACAACAUUCCGUGGUGGACCAUCAAAGGACCAAUCUUGGCAUCUAUUAUACUAAACUUUCUCGUGUUUAUUAGUAUUGUACGAAUACUGAUGCAGAAACUAAGGUCACCAGACGUUCAGGGCAACAAUCACUCACAAUACAAGAGACUCACCAAGUCCACGUUGCUCCUAAUCCCAUUGCUGGGAGUACAUUACAUCGUUUUUACCAUUUUCCAGGAUAAUGUUUUCGAAAAAUAUCAGAUUGCCUUUGAAUUAUGUUUUGGAUCUUUUCAGGGGUUUAUUGUUGCAUUCCUAUACUGCUUUUUAAAUAGUGAGGUUCAAGCUGAACUGAAAAAGAAAUGGCGGAGCUUGGUUUCAGGUUGUCACUUGAAACCCUAUUACAAUAAGCACAGAGCAUCAUUUUCAGGGAACGGUUCUUCGCGCAGAAAUACACGAGCUCAGUCCUUCUUGCAGACGGAAACAUCUCUGGUCUAAAUGUGGUUCCAAGGCCAGUGCUAAACCCUGCAGCUUAACAGCAGAAUCAAGAUACCUCCCUGCAUUCUGCGACAGAGACAUGCAAGAAGCUGACAGGAAUAUUGGGCACAGAUAUUUCCUUUCCAAAUUCAAGAAUUUACAUUUUGAGAAGUGUACACUUUAAACUUCUCAACAAUAAGACAGGCCAACACCUUUUAAAGGGUUUCUUGAAAACUGAUUAUACUGUAGCCUUCUGCACCUAGUAAGAGACAGCUUGAAUAUUGAUUUACCAAACCUUCUGAAGUCAACUUUUUCACCUAGUUCACAUUCAACUCUUUGUAACACGGUCAAGCCACAUCACCAAUUCCUGGGAUGCAUUGAGUUCCUGAUGCGUGAGGUCCCAGAAAAUAUUUGGGCACUCUUACAUUCAAAUGUCACUUUCACAGAAAUCCGUCAGCGGUAUUUAUUGGAAUUGUACCAUGCCACAACCUGGACUGUGUCAACGCAAGAGUUAGAUUUGUGAGAUUAUUUUAAACCAGUAUUUAAAAAUUCCAGGAUUUUAAGUUGUAUGAAUUGUGUUCUAAGCUUUUCAUCACUUGUACUUCAUUAGAUGGGAGAAAACGGCGUAAUGAUAAUGGUUCCGAGGCCCAGGACAAUUUUGUGGGGCCAUUUCUUUCAGAUCCUGCCGCUGCAGCUGGUGGAACUUAAAUUCAAUUCAUGAAAUCUGGAAUUGAAAUCAUAAACUCAAUAAUGGUGAUCGUGAUAACUAUCACUGAUUGUCAAAAAGACUCAUCAGGUUUCUUAACAUCCUAAAGGUCAGAAAUCUGCUGUGUGCCCCAUUUGCCUUACGUGUGACUCCAGACCGACAGCAACGUGAUCAACUCCUGACUGUCCUCUAGAAUGGCUCAGCAAGGCACUUAGUUCAAGGAAGGGCAGUACGUGGACUUGUGAACAAUGCCUGUAUCCCACGGUGGAUUAAAAAAGGCAAGUUUGUGCCACAAAGUACAUUUUGAGGAAUUACUCUGGGGUCACGUCAUGAAUAAUUAUGUGGCAAUUAGAAACUGAUACCACUGCCCCGUGGAACCGUGUUACUCGAGAAACACUUAAAGCAUGGAUAAUACUGAGACCAAGCUGAAAUACAUGGUGGGUUUAGAUGAUGUUUAUAUUUUUACUAUUUCAUUAGAAUUAUGGAACGAUACAACAAAGCAUAAAAACAGUUAAGACAUCUUAGAAAAUUCAUCCCUUACUGGAAAGCUUUCCACUUAAAGAAUGUAUUCAUUUUUUUAGAAAGGCUAUGUUUAAAAUUACUUCCAAUAGCCUUUCAGACUGUGCAUUCCAGAUCAUCAUAACCCAAUUUGAAUAAAAUUCUCUGUAUUUCACUUUCUCUUCUUUAUCAAUUCACUUAGACACUCUUCUGCUAUUGAAAACUAUUCCUCUGUUCACUUUAUCAAAGCCACGCAUGAUAUUAAAACUCCACUUAAUGUUCUCUAACAAGAUCACCCUAGCUCCUGGAAUACAUAGGAGCAGAAUUAGGCCAUUCAGCCCAACGAAUUUGUACUGUAACUUAGUGACAGUAAGGACUGCACAUGCUGGAAGCUCGAGUCAAUAAAUGUGGAGCUGGUAACGCACAGCAGGUCAGACAGCAUCCAAGGAGCAAGAAGGUCACCACUUCAGGUCAAAAUCUUCUGAAGCUUUUCCAGCUGAAUAUUUAUUGAGUCUGUUCUGCCAUUCAAUGAGACCAUUGCUGGUCAGAUAAUCCUCAGAUCCACUUUCCUGCCUCUCCCCAUUGAAUCCCUUACAGAUCAAAACUUUGUCUGCCUCAGCCUUGAAUAUAUUUAACAACCCAGCCUCGACAGCCCUCUGUGGUAAUGAAUUCCACAGAUUCACUACCCUCUGAGAGAAGAAAUUUCUUCUCAUCUCUGUUUUAACAGGACAACCCCUUAUUCUGAGAUUAAGCCCUCUGGUCCUAGACUUUCCCACUAGGGAGUGAGGGGUGAGGUAAGGUGAAGUAUCUCAAUGUAACUGAAGUCCCUAAUCCCUGAAACAAGUUUAGUAAGUCACGGUGCAUCCUCUCUUGGCAUUAGCAUAAGUCAAUUUAGCUUGCAUAGAUCAAAGGCUCCAGGCUGCAAUCCCUGGUCUCACAACUGCAUUCAAAUAAUACUGACAGUAGUUGAGUAAAAUACAAUUCAGAUGCAAUCAAAUCCUUACCAAAAAAAUGAUGAUGUGCUACAAAAAAUUUGUAGUAAUUACCAUCUCCUUAUCUCCUUCGAAAUAAUUCAAAAUAGCCAAUUCCUCCAUUUGUUUCACACCAAACAUGCAAAUUACAUUUCUAUUUGCUCUGUCUGUUUCAACUAACUGGAUAGUUCAGAAAAAAAUAUCGAGGAGGAGGUUUGAAUAAAGUAAUUCCUGGGUCAGUGAAAGAGUCAGUGCGAUGAUAUGAACAUCCAGAAACAUCAAUUUGAUUCAGAUGUUUCAAUGAAUGACUGUAACAUCACAAAUGGCAUCAAUGGCAGAGCAUUUGCAUUCUCCUGCCAACAGUGGGUACCCUGAAAUGCCUUUCCAUCUCCCUCGCAGCUGUGCCACAAGCCCCAUCCUGUCCCAUGUCCUGAAGGGCAGAGGUACAUACAGUGCUAAUAAUCUCAAGGGCUUUCAGGAGAGCCCUCUGCUCAGACCACACUUCCCUACUCUGUGGCCAAUCCAAACAAGGCCAUCCCCAUACAUGAAAGAGACAGAAGUGGUGAUGAGUUGAUCCUUCAGUCAAAAUUGUGUGUGUGUGUUUUGCCUCUCUCUCACACAUUGUUACUCCAAUCAAAGACGAGCCUUUUUUAAAAUUAUUCAUUUAGAAGAUGUGGGUGUUGCUGUCUAGGCCAGCACUUAUUUUUCAUCCUGAACAGCCCAGAGUCGAGAGAAGAUUGCUGAGGGUCUGGAAUCACAUGUAGGCCAGAACAGGUGAGGAAGGUAGUUCCCUUCACUCAAGAAGCAUCAAUGAGCGAGAUGUUGCCCCAGCCCCCUCCCAUCCUUGAUGAUCAUUUUAUGGUUAUCGUAGAAUAGAAUCCCUACAGUGUGAAAGCAGACCCAUUGAACCUCUGAAGAACAUCCCAACUAAACCCUCCCCGCUACCCUUUUCCUUUAACUGCACAUUUCCUACAGUCUAAUCUACAUAGACUGCACAUCCCUGACACAAUGGGCAAUUUUGCAUGGCCAAUCCACCUAACCUGCAUAUUUUUGGACUGUGGGAAGAAACUGGAGCACUCAGAGGAAACUUAUGCAGACACAGGGAAAUAUGCAAACUCCACACAGUCACCCGAGAGUGGAAUCGAGCCUGCGUCCCUGGCACUGUGAGGCAGCAGCACUAACCACUGAGCCACUGUGCUGCCCGACAUUAGAUUUCUUUUAUAUCAAGUUUUUUUUUGUUCAAAUUGGCAUCUGCCAGUGUGGGUCUAUGUAUUAAUAGCCUGGCAAUAAUAUCACUUAGACUGUCACCUCUCUAAUGCUGUCAUUGCACCAGAACUCAAAGUGUUAACUGUUUCUCUCUCUACAGAUGCUACUAGAUCUGUUGAGUUUCUGCAACAGUUUCUCUUUCUUCAUUAUAGGCUGAUACUGUUCUGCAUUUGCUGCUGACUGGCUCAUCCGUGUUUCUAGUGUCCACACUGGGGAACAGUUAAAACUUGUAAUUGUGAUUUAACAAUCUCUAAACAGUUUACUCAACGACAAUGUUAGCAACGAGAAAGUUAAGGAUUUUUCUCCCCCCAGACAUAAAGUAAACUGAAAAAAAAAUCAAGAAUAAAAAUUGUUAAUUGGGAUUCAAAGUUUCAGACCCCUAAAAAUGAUGUUAAUUAAACCAAUUUGCUUGGAUUGUUUGAGAAAGUUUUAUUCAGGAGCUAGGAUGUUUUAUUAAUUUUAGUCUCUAUAACAAACUAAAUCAGAUAAGCACGAAUAUGAUGAUGAGCCAAAUUUGACAUGAAAAUGCUUCACAGAUGAAGAAUAAAGUUGGUACAACUGAUGUCACAGUAGCCAUCUUUAAAGCUGUCAAAAAAUUAUGGAAUCUUAUUUAUUGACAUCAUUUCGAGAAAGGCCUCCUCCCCUCCCUCUAAAUCUUUUAGGGAUUCUUCAGCCAUCUCGGGAAAAAUGAAAAUCUUCAUUCAUCUCCAUGAAGAUGCCAUAUUGGUAAAGGAAAACUGAACUUUAUGUUGGAAACACCUACUAACCUCAUCCCACCUCCUUGAGCUGUCCGUCCUCACUGGACUGACCUCUCUCCUCCCUACUUCCCCACCUAUACUCACCUUUACUGGCUCCAUCCCCGCCUCUUUGACCGGUCUGUCUCCUCUCCACCUAUCGUCUCCCCCCCCCUCCCUAUUUAUUUCAGAACCUCCUUCCCCUCCCUUAUUUCUGAAGAAGGGUCUAGGCCCGAAACGUCAACUUUCCUGCUCCUAUGAUGUUGCUUGACCUGCUGUGUUCAUCCAGCUCUACACCUUGUUAUCUCAGAUUCUCCAGCAUCUGCAGUUCCUACUAUCUCUGGAAUAUUUUUCAGCUUCAGUACAACCUUUACACCAACAAAGAUCCGGUAACAACCUCAAUAAACUAGGAAUGUACCAAGUUAACAAAAUGAAUAUAGUACAAGGAGAUCAAAAGCCCAACAGUGAUUGAACAAAUCCAGAAGACAACAAUGCUGAUCAACUGGUAAUGCAAAAAAAAUCACCUGUACCAAAUUUUUCUACCAGAACACUUUUCCCCAAUAUGGGGAGCAUUUCAGAGCAGGUAGUCCAUAGACACAGAUCAAGAAGAAACAAGUUACAAUUGACAACCUUCUAACAGCUUUUGAUCAAUAUUUCACCUCAAGAACAAAUAUAACACUGGUGAGAUCAGACUUCAACAGCAGAUACAAGCUCCCGGGAGAUGCAGAUAACUUAAUUAAUUACCCCAAUGUGCUAUCUGAACUAUGCCACUAUGAAAAUUUACAACAAGAGCCCAUUUUCGAUAUCAUUGUUGGUCUCUCAGAUAAAUCAAUCAUCAAACUUCUUCAAUUAAAAGAGGAACUCUAGAAUCAGCAGACUGAGUAAAACUGGCUACAGAGUCAAGAAAAUUGUUCAAGAAGCAUUACAUAGCAAAAUUUCCAUUAAUGCAAAACAUUCUACAGAGAUUGUCGGCUACUUAAAGGAAUAAUCAGAGGAGACACUUUUCUCAUCUGAAAAACAAUUCUGUACAUGACAACAUCACCACAAAGCAUAAAGCAAUCUAAUGCUUCAGUAUCUUAUUACAGAUAUGGUUCCAAACCCCUGCAUCAGUAAAAACAAAAUUUUCCAUCCUUAAAUCAAUAUAUUCAUUGUACGAAAAAGUGUGCUACAAUUUAAAGAACACACCAAGCAUCAAGGUGCAGCAUUCCCAAACCAACAUUCAUGCCUUGGAACAGGACUUUGGAAAAAGAUCAGUAUACUGCAGUGGAACAAGUUUCUUUAUAUGGGAACAGCUACCCUAUGGAUGAACAACAUUGCUCUUUUUUCUCAUUGAAUUAAAACCAUCACCUCAUCCAAAUGCAACCGAUGGUCUUUUACCAAAAGUGUUUCUAUCACUUGUUCCAGAUACCCUGAUCUAACCUAUCAAUGCAGAUGAAUCAAGUGAAUGACUUGGAGAAGAGUGGAAGAUAAAGAAAAACAAAUGUACACCAAUUGUUGUAAAAUAUAAUCGUAUAGCUAACUCAUUUGAGAAUGUAUAUAAAUGUUAAUCAGUGCUCAUGAUGAGGAAGGAAAACUUGUGGAGGAGUGUCGUUUAAAACCUUUAGGACCUUAGAUCAAAUUUGUGAUGAUGUCAUAGAGUUGCUGCUCACUGGGCAUAACACUAGUAUGGGUGGAGUUAAGCAAAGAACCAAAAAAGAAGCCUGUGUAGUAGAGCAAUUAGCAUUGGGUAGUAGAGUUUGUGGAAUAGUCUUCUGACAAUGUAACAGUAAGGUUCGAGCCGGGUAUAUUUAGUAUGAAUGUGUAACAAACAGUAUUAUAAAGCAGUCCAAGCCUGAAGACAGUUCUUGACCCUACCUUUCCCCAGUGUCUCAUGGAUGUGAGCUUGAAACCUCACAACAAAAGAAGUGAGGCUAGUCAAUCUACUCUAGCUCCAAAUAUGGGUUUGUAAAGGGAUCCUUCCUAAACAAACUUCAAUUUUGAGUCUGGCAGGAGGAGUUCAGGGAUAGGUGGACAGCUACCUUGCUUGGCAUGAACUAGAGGAAGCCCCCCUCAAAGUCCCACAUUGUACAUUCUGACAGGGUCAGUUCCUCCAUGGAUGCUCCCUCCCCCCCAGCCUCUCCAUGAGGCCCUCACCUACCCUCCCUAUUCAGUCAGGCCCCUCCUUCCCUGUAUGAGAGCUGCUGAAAUUGGCUUGUCCUGGACUCUAGGACGUAGAGCCUGCAACACACUGUAGCCCCAGCCCUAGCCAUUGCUGCAGCUAGUGCUGCUGAGAGUAAAGUUGCCCAUUGUCCCAGAGGACCGAGAGUUGCUCUCUCUCAUCGAAGAAAGAAAGCGAUGACUAGUGGUGGUUUAACCUGAGAGUCACCAUGCCUUAGGUUAGGAUGAGGUUGAGAAAGGAAGCCUUUCAUGGUAAUGAGAGCCAGAUAGCUUGGAUGGCAAGCCUGCAUUUCAGAUUGACAACAACAGCACAGGUUCAGUUCCUGUCCCCAUGCUUCUGAGAGGAUAGAGCUGCUGGCCAAUCUGAUUAGCCUCUAUUAAAAUAUCCCAAAAUGCUCCAUGAAGGCUCUUGACACCGAACCACAGGAGGAGACGUUCGAUCAGUCCACCAAUGGUUUGGUCAAGCAAGACAUUGAGGUAGAAAACUUGUGUGGUGUGGAGAGGGAAUUGCAGGGUUUGGUGCUGAGGCUGCUGAAGACAGAGCCACUGAUGGUGAAGCGAUUAAAGCAGGGGAAGGCAGAAGAGACAGAAUUAGAAAAGAGCAGAUUUCUUGUGGAGCCAGCAGAUGUCAUGGAGAAACUGCGUGCAGAGAUCAUAAAGAGUUUGCAAGAAUUUUAACAUUGAGAUGUUGCUAGACAAGGAUCCAGCUUAUGUCAGUGAGUACAGGGUUGUUGGAUGAACAGAACUUGGUGCGAGUAAGGUUACACAAUUCAGCCUGGAUUGAGUCAUUGAAAUUGAACUGCCACUUCAACUUAGAAAAUGUGAUUGUAAGUGAACAGUGUGGGGAGGUGAUACUGGAAUUCAGUAUCUCACAGCUUCCAAACAGCUUGUUCAAGCUGAGUAACCGUGAAUACUCAGCUAGAAAUAUUAUAAAUACCCUUGUGAUUAUUAUAAAACAAGACCAUACAGUCAAUAAUUAUGACCCCACAUGAACACUAUUAUCCACUGGGGGUGAUUAUAAUGAAUAUUUUAAACAACCUGUCUUCCAGUAACUUUUAGGCGAGAGAAUUAAGUUGAAGAUGCUAAGUUGCAGCUAUCGUAAGGUGUAGAUCAAUUUCAUAGUCAGCAAAGACGUAUUUCCUGUAAUAUCUAGCAAUGCUUUUUAAGAACAGCAAAAUAAUAACAGCUCUGAAGAGUUUUUGGCCAAAAUUGGCAUUUGUUCAGAGUCAGCAAAGGAUUCUAUAAGGUUCUGUGCGAUGUUUGAGCUGUGACUGUUCAUUAACUUCACAUUGUAACAAAUUCAAUUCUUUUCUUACAUGGAUUUGGAAACACGCAGUGUCAAGACCCAAAAUCAAACAAACCACACACAAA